GCUCCUGCUCAAAGCUCUGCACCUGUUAUACAGCAAGAUUCUGUUUCAAGUGGUACAGCUUUACCACUUGCAAGUGCUGGUGGUACGACAAAAUAUCGUGCCUUGUUUGAAUUCUCCGCUCGUAGCGAAGAUGAAUUGAGCUUUCAGCCUGGUGAUGUUAUCCUCGUUUUUGAGUCGCAUGUUGCUGAACCUGGUUGGAAAGCUGGCCAGAUCAGAGAUAAGGUAGGAUGGUUCCCAGAAGCAUUCGCUGAACCAAUUGCUCCUGUGCAUUCGGCAGUUUCUCAGCCUAUCCAAAACAUGCCGCCAAAUGUAACCCCGUCGCCAUCUUUGGAUAGAAUUCCAGAGGAAGCAGUUGUGAAAUCAGUUUCUACGCCGAAAGAAGCCGUACCUCCUGAAACUGUAGCUGUUAUUUGUAAGUGUGUCGCUCAAUUUCCUUGGAAAGCGCGCAACGAAGGAGAUUUAUCGUUCUCAAAAGGCGAUCCGAUUGAGAUAAUAGAACAACAAGAAAUGAAGUGGCGUGGACGCAAAGCCGAUGGAUCCACUGGAUGGUUCCCGAAAAGUUAUGUGAGGAUAGUCAACCAGGGGGCUGCAUCAACGUCUCAGCCAUCUUCUGCUGCUCAUUCCAUAGAUCAAGCUACUACUGGUGCUGGCUCGCCAACAGCUGGAUCAGCAACUCCACCUGGGAAAAGCGCUGUUGGAAGCGGUAACAAUACUCGACAGAUGUCGCAAUCAGGCUCUUCUCAUCAAGUUAAUGUUCCACAAUCACAAUCGAGACAUUCUAUCGCUUCGCAGUCUUCUAAAGUGUCUGCUGCGGAACAUCACGCUCCUCAUGUUGAAUGGUACGUAGCUAUGUUCGAUUUUGAUGCUGUUGAGUCGACCGAUUUGUCGCUCAAAGUCGGCGACCGAAUCAUGGUGCUGGAACGGUAAAC